GUUUCCAAACUAUGGCUAGAAAAGCCGUAUUAAGUAAUGCACUGCACCGCACUGGUCAAGGGUUAUAACACUGAAGACAGCAAAAGGCACAGAAGGGGCCCUAUGGCAGAGCCAGCAGUGACAGCCUCAGAAGGGUCCCAGUGGCAGAUCUGGCAGCAACACCCUCGAAAGGGGUCCUGUGGCAGAACCAGCAGAGACAGGUAGGGCCAAGAAGAGCCUAUCCUGAGAGGGCCAAGAGAAGGCCUGUCCUCAGGGGGCUGAGAGGAGCCUUUCUUAAGGGGACUGAAGGGAGCCUGUCCUCAGGGGGCUGAGAGGUGGCCUGUCUUGAAAGGGUGAUAGGAGCCCUGCGUGGCAGAGAGACAGGCCUGCUUGCUUGCAUGGCCAAGAGCAGCUGAGAGAGCUGUCCUGUACUGAAGAAGGGGGACUUUGUCUAUCUGAUCCUGAUUCCAAGUUGUAUCCUGUUACUUCCUUAAUAAACCAGUUAACUGUAAUUAUGGUCGACGAGUUCUGUAUGGGCCAUUGCAAUAAAUUAUCCAACCCAGCAGAGAAGUAGAGAGUGCCAUGGGAGGGAUGAUUGGUGUCAGGAGUGGUAAAAAGGCUGGAGAGAGGAGGUAUGUCUUACUUCCACUUCAUAGGAAUCACCAUUAGCUUUGUGCUGAUGGUGAUUCUCUCUCCUCCUGAUGUUAGAGGACUUUAGGCACUACUAAUACUACUACCAUUUUACACAUACUGUAUAAUAUUUUGAAUAAUGUUUUGGUUACAGUCUUACUUGUAGGGACCAGUGAGGUAGCAAAUUAAGCAGUAAUUCAGAGAUGAAGUAAAGCAAUGAUAGAGAACAAGGAGUGAUCCAAUGUUAUUUCUGAGAUAGUAUCAACAGUAUGUGGUACCAAGCGUGAGGAUAACACGUGUUUUUGGUUGAUCUUUUAACAUCUUCCAAUCAACCUCUAAAAACCUGUUUUCCAGAUAAUUCUCAAAAAUAUCAAUUUUUAAUUGCUUGUGCAUUAAUGACUGCUGGCUGAGAAAUAGAAUGAAGGAGAAGUUGAGGGCAGUGUUCACUCAGUGGCAGAAUUCUCAACUACCAUGUGUGAGGCCAGGAUUUCAUUCCCGGCCAAUGCACCUCAAGGACGGACACCUCCAGUAUGUCCGUGGAGACUUGCAUGUUUCUAUGAUGCUGAACAGGUUUCAGUGGAGCUUCCUUACUGUGAUGGAGUAGGAAGAAAGACCUGGGGAUCUACUUGUCUUUCACUGGCUUCACCUUUAGUGGCCUUUCUCCUAUGUCCCACUCCAAAUAUAACCUAGGCCUAUCCCACCAGUUCCUUUGCCCUGUCUGUGAUGGACACUCUAAUAUAAUACCAGUUUUUUCAAACCUUCUUCUGUUCUUAAAGCGGCUUCCUGCCAGCCUUUCUCAGUCAAAAGCUAUUCGUGGUUGUCCGCUUACCAGCGUUUUUCCUUUCUUCUUCCCAGGAGGCGUCUCUGCUGUACUGACACUUGAACUCCCACUUGCCGUUUUUCAAUUUUUUCUUCCUUCCUUUUUUUUAACUAGUGUUUAAAGAAAGCGGCCAUAUUACUUUUUUGCCCAGCCUGCUGAAAGAAAUUUGAUCCGUGAAAUGUUUUCCUGGUGAAGCUCGAGUCGCCGAAAAUCUAUCCAUUUUUUCCAAUGAUCGACGAGACAGGGCGAAGUAGCUGUUUGAAGCGGUGUCGUGAGGACGCGUGGAGUUCCUGAGGAGAGCGCCGUGGUGGAGGUGCUUAAGGGGAAGCUGGUGGGAGUCCAGUGCCUUUGAGGUCAGACAUAGGUUUUGGUGGUCUGUGUCUGUGGUACAGAGGAUUGUGAGCUGAAAGCUUUGGAAGCCCGGGUCCCCAGGAACCUCGACUGCUGAGACAGAAGGUCCUGACUCCCCAGCAGCAAAAGAAUCACUUGAAGGAAGGAGAAAGAGGUUGCAGAUUCAGGUAUUAUCAUUCUGGGGACGCCCUUCGCAGGAGACUGAAAUUUCUGAACAGAAAAUAGAGCUGAUCCAGAAACCACAAAGACAGAGCAUCCCAGUUGCUGGCAAUGUCCCAAGAACAAAAGAAAAUGGUCAAGGCCCAGGAAUCACUGACGUUCAGCGACGUGGCUGUGAAGUUCACCUGGGAGGAGUGGCAGCUCCUGGACCCUGCUCAGAAGGACCUAUACUGGGACGUGAUGUUGGAGAACUAUAGCAACCUAAUGUCCAUUGGGUAUCAAGUUAGCAAACCAGAUGCACUCUCCAGGUUGGAACAAGGAGAACAACCAUGGACUACAUUAGAUGAAAGUCAUAGUGGACUCUUUUCAGAAAUCCGGAAAGUUGAUGAUCAUCUGCUUGGGCACUUGCAAAAUGAAAGCAGGGUGGACAGAAUGGAAAAAUGCUGUGAACGUAACGCAUUGGAAAAUAUUGUUCCUCAGCACAGAAAUCAUUUUCCCUUAAGGGAAAAUCAUGGUAUGUUUGACUUACAUGACAAAGCUGUGAAAUCAAAUUUAACUUCUCCGGCAGUCAACCAGAGCAGAAACGAUGAAAUAAAGAACUCUGCUGAGCUUAAUGGAGAUGAGAAAACCUUUCUGUAUGCUGACCAUGAGCAAUUUUGUACAGAAAUGAAAAUUCCAGAAAGUCAGAAAUCUAACAGCACUAAGUCCCAUCUCGUUCAGCAUCGGAAAACUCCCAAAAUAGAGAAAAUGCAUGUGUGUAGUGAAUGUGGAAAAGCCUUCAUUAGGAAGUCUUUCCUCACUAAUCAUCAGAUCAUUCAUACAGGAGAGAAACCACAUAGAUGCAGUCUAUGUGGGAAAGCCUUCUCUAAAAAGUUCAACCUUACCGAACAUUAUCAGACAACUCAUAAAGGACAAAAACCAUAUAAAUGCGUGGAAUGUGGCAAGUCCUAUCUCUAUCAAUCGGGGCUCAUUAAACAUCAGAAAACUCAUAGGGGAGAGAAACCUUAUAUAUGUAGCGAAUGUGGAAAAGGCUUCUUCGAGAAGGCAGAUCUCAUUAUUCAUCAGCGAAUUCAUACUGGAGAAAAACCCUAUAUAUGUAGUGAAUGUGGAAAAGGCUUCAUCCAGAAGGGAAAUCUCAUUAUUCAUCAGCGAACUCAUACUGGAGAGAAACCCUAUGUAUGUGGUGAAUGUGGUAAAGGCUUCAGUCAAAAGUCAUGUCUCAUAGGACAUCAGAGAUUUCACACAGGAAAGAGUCCCUUUGUAUGCAGUGAAUGUGGCAAACCUUACUCCCAGAAGUCGGGUCUCAUUAGUCAUCGGAAAAUUCACACAGGAGAGAAACCCUUUCAAUGCAGUGAAUGUGGGAAAGCCUUCAACACAAAGCCAAAGCUUCGUGUACAUCAAAGAUCUCAUACAGGAGAGACACCGUAUGGCUGCAGUGAGUGUGGAGAAACUUUUGCCUAUACUUCUUCCUUAUAUUUACAUAAAAGAAAACACACAAGUGAGAAACGUGUAGAUUCAAUCAAGGUGGAAGACUCUUCCACACCAACUCACAGCUCAUCACAUACCAAGGAUUUCGUGCAGGAGAAAAGCCCUGUUAAUACAGUGACUAUGCAAAUGCCUUCUGUGGCAGCUCAGACAUCAGUAAACAUCAGUGGACUCCUAACAAAUAGGAACGUAGUCCUUGUGGGACAGCCUGUUGCCGGAUGUCAACCCUCCGGAGAUAACAGAGAAUUUGUACAGCAGAGAGUCCUUAUGAAUGCAGUCAAUGUGGUAGUGCCCAUGAAUGCAGUGAAUGGAGCGGUGCCUUCUGUGAUGAAUUACAUCUUAUUUUAUACCACACAAAACCCGUAGCAUAAACUCAGAUACAUUUACUGGGGAAUAGGAAUGAGCAAAAAUUUCUACCUCAUUGUAUGGCUACAAAAUGUAUUCUGAGGGAAAUCAUAUGAAUGCAAACACUGGAAAAGCCUGAAGUGCUCAUUCUAUGUAAAUAUGUGCAUGGAUGUUAAGACAUAAUCUAAUUUUAACCUAAAUGCAUACACAUCAAUUACUCUAUAGUGUCAGUUAAAUGAAUGAAAGUCCAAGUUCAUGUCAGUGGACAAAAUAAGUAAUGUGAAUUUUUAAAACAGAAAAGAUAAUUGGUAUCAGGAAUGUUGCUUGUUGUUGCCAUCGAGUUAAUUAUGACUCAUGGUGACUCCAAGUGUUACAGAUGAACAAUUACAUAAGAAGUGGUGGGUACGUAAAGGGCAGUAUUGUAUUGGUGGGAAUUGAGGCACAUAAAUAUCAGUUCAGUUUGUCCAUAUCAGUGUGAAGGAUCAAUUGAAUACCAGAAUAUCUACCACCAAUUUUAGAACUUUAUGUUAUGAAGAGGGACCUAUGAAAAAAUAGUCUUACAUUGAGUCUAUUCUUGAAUGUAGGGACUAUGUCACAUACUGCUUUUGUACCUGGCCCUGUUUCUAGGAGCUGAGGAUGCAGUGGUGAAUAAAGAAAAAAGACCAUGCCCUGUAGGAGAUUACAUUGAGUUGGUCGGAUUAUGUUUAAGUGGAAUCUUGAUACUUCAGCUUAUUUACUCAAACAGUGAUGCAAUACACAUAGAAUAAUUGGUACAAGAGGUUUAGUUAGAAGUUUUUGGAGUUAGAAAAUCCCAAAAACUUCUAAUGACAAUUUCUUGUCAAAAUCUAUUUGCCAUUGAGUUGAUUCUCAUGGUGACUCUGUGUGUGAGGGUAGAACUGUGCUCCGUAAGGUUUUUCAUGGCUGAUUUUUUCAGAACUACAUCAUCGGGACUUCCUUUCUAGAUAUCUCUGGGUGGACUUGAACCUCCAACCUUUUUGAUUAGCAACUAAGUGCAUUAACCAUUUUUACUACCCACAGAUUACUGGGGCAAGGACUCCUUUGUGUGUAUGUGGGCUUAAGGGUUUAUUUAAAAUUUUUUCCCAAACAAAAAUUUAUACAUACAUUGUUAUGUGACCUCUUGCUCUCCCCAUACUAUGACAGCACACUCCUCCUUU